GCCUGGGCUUGCUGGCUCUUAUUCUUUCAUGCUCUGAGCCAGCCAAGCAGAGGUUCCUUUGUGGGUUCUCCUGUGUAGACUGAAGGGAGCCAUGCAGAACCAGGGACUUGGAGGAGGAGGAGAAGAGGAGGAGGAAGAGGGAGGAGGAGGAGAGGACCAGGAGGACCACCGCACCCCUCUCCUGCUGCUAAGAGGGUCCCAGGCCACCCUGGACAAGGCAGCCCCAAUAUGCUGCUCUUCUCGUCUCAGUUUAGCAAUCUGGGCCUUCUUUGGCUUCUUUCUCUUGUAUGCACUCCGUGUGAAUUUAAGUGUUGCCCUGGUGGACAUGGUGAAAGCAAAUGCAAGCUUACCCAAAAAUACAACAUCAACAUGCCCAGAGCAUUCUUCAGCUCCAGUUGUUCCUCGUAACACAACGGGGAAGAAGUAUGCCUGGGAUGCUGACACACAAGGCUGGAUCCUUGGUUCCUUCUUCUAUGGCUACAUUAUUACUCAGAUUCCUGGCGGGUAUCUUGCACGUCGGAUUGGGGGGAAACUACUUUUGGGCUUUGGCAUCCUGGGCACAGCUGUUUUCACUUUGUUCACACCUUUAGCAGCAGAUCUAGGAGUUGGAUUCCUCAUAGCAGUCAGAGCUUUUGAAGGCCUGGGUGAGGGUGUCACUUUUCCUGCCAUGCAUGCAAUGUGGUCCUUGUGGUCUCCUCCAUUGGAACGCAGCAAACUUCUUAGUAUUUCAUAUGCAGGUGCACAGCUAGGAACUGUUGUGUCUCUUCCAUUGUCUGGCUUGAUAUGUUUUUAUAUGGAUUGGGUUUAUGUAUUCUACAUAUUUGGCGCCCUAGGUGUGUUGUGGUUCCUCUUCUGGAUGUUGCUGGUUAGUGAUACCCCAGAAACUCACAAGAGAAUUUCUCAUGCAGAAAAAGAAUACAUUCUCUCUACCCUUACAGAUCAGCUUUCUAGCCAGAAAUCUGUGCCUUGGAAAGCCAUGUUGACAUCCCUUCCACUCUGGGCUAUUGUUGUAGCACACUUUUCUUAUAACUGGACUUUCUACACCCUCCUUACCUUAUUGCCUACAUACAUGAAAGAAAUUCUGAGAUUUGAUGUGCAGGAGAAUGGAUUUUUAUCUGCACUCCCUUAUUUUGGCUGUUGGGUUUGUAUAAUUCUAUCUGGCCAGUUUGCAGAUCAUUUACGGGAAAAGCAAAACAUGUCAACUGUAUGUGUGCGCAAAACAUUUACUCUGAUAGGAAUGAUUGGGCCUGCAGUUUUCCUCAUAGCGGCUGGAUUUAUAGGCUGUGAUUAUAAACUGGCUGUCACAUUUGUAACCAUAUCAACAACUCUAGGAGGCUUUUCCACAUCUGGCUACAGCAUCAACCACCUGGAUAUUGCACCAUCAUAUGCUGGCAUCCUACUAGGAAUCACAAAUUCAUUUGCUACUAUUCCAGGAAUGGUGGGGCCACUUGUUGCUAAGAGCCUGACUCAUAGUAAUACUGUGGGAGAGUGGCAGAUUGUUUUCUACAUUGCUGCUACCAUUAACUUAUUUGGAGCCGUUUUCUUUGCACUAUUCAGCAGUGGAGAAGUACAAGACUGGGCACUUGAUGGAUACCACUUACAUAGGAACUGAAGGGACACUAAGGUUAAUCACCAAGCAUUACAAUCAUGUGACUUGGAAUGCCUUUCACAUGACAUCUACAGUGCCUACUGUAACUCUUGUGGGAAUUAGAAGACAUUUCACAUUUUGAUACAUUGAUUUAUUUUAUUUUGUAAUAAGCUGGGAUCUAAUAUGGUAGUCUUAAAUUUUCACUUGGUCUCAGAUUCUUGUGGGUCUGGCACAUUUUAAUUAAAGUAUCAACUUUUUAAAAUAUAUAUGAAUUACUGGAGAAUUAGUAUUAAAAUUGCAAUGAGUAAUAAUUAAGGGAUAAUCUAGAAAAUGAUUGUGCCUAGUAAAGAUUUUUUUAGUUUAUUAAAAUUACCUUAACUAAGAGUUGUUAGAAUUAUUGCAGUUUUAGCUGUAUUUAUUUUUCACGUCCUAUUAGUCUAAAUAAUCACUGAAAACUAAAAGGGAGGAGGGUUCUUCUACAUGCCUCUCUCAAGUAUACAUUUGUCAGUGUUGAUCCUCUAUGUGAUUUCAACAAAUUAAAAGAGCACACAUUGCCAGUUUGUGAAGCCAUAAUGCUCAACCACAUGCAUUAUGGAGUAAUUCAGAGAAGAAAAACUUAUUAGUAGGGCAUGGCAUCUCUACUUUUUUACUUUUUCUUACAGUCUUAAUUCCCAUUUUGAGAAACAAGCCACUAUUAUCCCUCUAGGUUAAUAUCGAAGCCACUGCAGAAGCAUAAGUGGUAAGUGGCAGGUGGUUUAAAAAAAAGCUCUGUUGGCUGUCACUUAACCUUCCAUUUUAUGCAAUCUAAAAUCUGGCAGGCUCUUUUCAGUGAUUAGAUGAGUGCAUGUAAUAUAUCCUGAGCCAGUGCUUGACUUGUCCUAUUCUGCUGUGCAGAUAAAGCCUGGCUGUGUCUCAAAUAAGCCUGGCUGUGUCACACAAUUUGUAUGGAAUAUCAACACCUUCUUUUUUAGAGGAUUUCUCCCAAAAUGCAUCUUUGAUGCUAAUGUACCACACUAGACAUGGAGGGGAACUUCGGUCCAUAUACAUUCUAAGAGAUACAGAGAAGGAAGCAAACAUCUUUCACUUUCAGAAAAUGUUAAAUUUAAGAGGAAUGCUUUUUUGGUUUUGUUUUAAUUUUUAAAAAAUGAUAGGUCACUCUCAACCUGGGCAAAACAAGCAAGCCUUGCUCUCUGCCUACCUGAGUUGUCAGAUAACUAUCUCCACAGGUAGAAAAAGACAAGCUGCCAUAUGGAUGAAUGAGGCUGCACAUUGACUUAAAAGUAAAGCUGCUGAACACUGUUGGACCUAAUUCCAAGUAACUCUACAUAGGAUUUCACUAUGGAAAUACAAACAUCCUUAGUGUUAAAGUGUGUAGUGAUGUGCUAGAAGCCUGCAUGAGCACACAUUGGGCGAAUGGGUGGAAAUGUCAUGAUGAGCUAUAGUUGAGUCUUUGGUGUCAAAUACUGAAAGAAGUAUCUCAUUACCCUCCUGUAAAGUGCAAAGCUGAGGGGAGGACACUUCUUACUAUAUGGUGUUCAUUCUGUCUAACACAAUAGUUCCUGGAAUCUCCAACCAGAGAUCAAGGAAGCUGGGACCUAACAGGAACCAGGGACACAAGUUUAGGAACCGUAGAGCCAGAAAAAAUGAGACCUAAUAAUCCAGCCACACAUGACUCCAGUGGAGCCCAGCUCACUUCAUUUCUAAGAAAUGGCUGUUGUUUCUUUCUCAACUUUGCAUGCAUUUUGAUUUUAAUUGAACUGUUCCUAGUUACAUCUUUUUUUGUUAUGUUUACAAGUUUUUGUCUAAUAAACAGUGCUGGCAUUUGGUUUCUA